AAAGCUGUCAGAUGCGGACUGCAGUUCUCGCCUGUCUCGAGUUUCGAACACGGAACCGCGGCGGUGUCUUCUUCUCUGAGGUGGAAAGGCAGCGUCCUGAGUUAGUGUUGCUUCACUGCCAUCUUCUGGAGAAAAGUCACCUUACAGCCUUCAGGAAAAGCAAUCGAGAGUGGCUCACUCGAGCAGCCUGUAAGAAGACGAGGAAGAUGGCAUCCACCGAGCAACCUGAUCCACCAACACAGCCUGGCCUCCCGCUUGGAGAUGAUACGGCGGCCCCCCCCAGAGAAGCACUGAUUACCACCGCUGUAAAAUUUCUCCAGAACCCAAAAGUACGUCAGAGUCCCUUGGCCACUAGAAAAGCCUUCUUAACGAAAAAAGGGCUCACGGAUGUGGAGGUAGAGUUAGCCAUCCAGCGCUCUGGAAGUACUGAAGAAGUCCUGGCUCUGAUCCCUGUGGGGCCCCCACAUCCACACCAUGCAACUCAGCUGGCUCUUGCACCACAUAGUCCCACAGGCUACAGAUGGAGAGACUAUGGUGCCCUCACCAUCAUUAUGGUUGGCAUCGCCUUUGGCUUUCAUCAGCUUUACAAAAAAUACAUCCUUCCCCUCAUUAUGGGCCGCCGAGAGGACAAGAAGCAUCUGCAGAGGAUGGAGAGCAACAUUGCGGCAAUGAGUGGCACGCUGACACAGACAGUGAGCCAGCUGCAGCAGACUCUGGUCUCCGUCCAGGAGCUCCUGAUCCAGCAGCAGCAGAAAAUCCAGGAGCUUUCUCAAGAGCUGACUUCAUCACAGACCUCGUCUUCAACACACCGUGUCCUGGACAACCAAACCGUUGGAGAGCUGAAGGCCGAGAUCGUCUCUUUGAAGGGCUUACUGCUCAGCAGGAAACAAUUCCCUUCCACUCCCACUAUACCUAAAAUCCCCUCCUGGCAGAUUCCUCUGAAGCCUCCAUCGGUACCCGGCUCUCCGCCAGUCAGCCACACCACCAGCAGCAGCGACAUCUCCCCCGUCAGUAACGAGUCCGCCAACUCGUCCCCAAUCAAAGAUGGACCCCACAGCUCCCAGGAUGCAAUGGGAGAGCCUGAUGUAGUUCACGUUAUCAAUGGAGACAACGGCACCGCUGCAACGAUGUUCCUCGACCUGAAGGACCAGGUCCGCAUGGAGGUGCAGGGGGAAGAGGAGGAGGAGGAGGAGGAGAAGGAGGAAGAGGAAGAGGAGCAGGUGGAGCAGGUGGUCAGCCACGUGGAGGAGGAAGAGGAAGAAGAGAAAGACGGCGACGGUGUAAGCAUGCACUCAGUGGACCGGCGUGGGGAUGGACAGAUGAAUGAACAGGUGGAGAAACUGAGGCGCCCCGAGGGUGCCAGCACUGAAAGCGAGGUGGAUUAAAUAGCAGUAGAAAACUAAAACCCUCUCCUAACACCGCUUCUCAUCUCUGCCCACUCUCUCUCAUCCUCUCUGCUCUCACUUAUUUGUUUUUUAGGUAUUUUAUUCAUCCUAACUGUCUGCUCCUAUUUGUGUCUGUAACAUCUUAUUCUUGAGCUAAAUGAGGAGUAGGCGCGAGGAGACGUAAAACUGACAAAUAUUGGAUUUCUAGUUGACACACGGCUUACCACGGUUGACUUUUCAUCACGCAAACUAAAUGAGUGCACGCCGAGCCACCCACCAUGCUGUUUUUUUUUUUUUUUUAAAGGAGAAAUGUCGAGAAAUAGUCAAAUCAGAAUGACUUUAAAAGGCUGGAUGCAAUACUAACCAUGUGUGACUGACUGCUUUUACAUUUUCAUCAUUUGAUCAGAUAAUUCACAUCAUUUCCUUGUGAUUGUACUAGGGCUUUCAUACAGACCAAGGGGCCAAUAUCUCUCCUGUGUGAUGCAGCUGGAGGUCAGGAGUCGUAUGUUGACACUUCAGCCUCAAAGUUACCGUGAGCUUCCAGGGAACAUUAGCAGCGUCGCUCUCCUGUUGAUGGCAAUAGGAGAGGACAAGCUCUUCCAGGGCCGGAGCUUUUAGCCUCUUUUAUGUGUCCUUUCGCAUUGGUGUCAGUCUGUCAAUAAUUUACAAGGCCAGCAGGGUGGCAUUUGGGUGAAAUAAAAGCCCUGAAAUUUGAGAUUAGAAUGUGAUGACGGGCUUUGUUCCAUGCCGGUGUCAGAGUGCUCAUACGCUCAAAGGAGGGGAAGAUGAAUGGUUUUUUUCCCCAGCUUUCCUUUUUACCGAGGGCUGAAUUGUGCAUCUUAAGCGAGUGUGUUUGCGCGUGGCAGGCGAGAGAAAACCCAGACUGUCUGCUGAGCUGUGUCUGUGUCUCCAGCAGGGCCGCUGAUUUGGUUUGUGAAGUAUGUUAAUAAUCAAAUGAUCAACAAAUAACAGAUGUAUUAGUUCAUGCAGCUUGAAAUGUCAAGGAGGCUAAAAGAGAAAAUCUAAUACAGAAAGCCCAGUUCCAUUGUAUUAUUUCCCGUGACAAACCCCGCGGUCCAAAUUACGGAGGGCCUCCUACAGUGAGUAAUCUUUACUGAAAACGGCGCCAAUAUUUUGUAAUUAAGCUGCAGUAAGACAACGAGGGCUGCCACGGAUGGAAGUUGCAGAACUUGAAUCACUUUUUUUUUAUUCUCAGUGUGGAGGUGGCUGGGGGAAGUUAGAAGAAAAAAUUGCCCCAUGAUUGAAAAGGAAAGUAAUAAAUGAAUACUUGACUUAUUGAAUUACUCACUCUGUCUCCAGCUAACAAGAAGAGUCCCUGAGUGAGAAGAAGGGAUAUCAGCUCUGGUGCCAUUUCCACAUCCGUCACAUGGCCUAUAGGAACACAGAGAGGUAGAGGGGCUCUGCACGUAUCCGUGUGACACCCAUCCUGACCUACAAGUGAUGUUGUUUGAGUUUCUGUUAAACUCUUGAAUGAUGAGACGAUGCAGAACGAUGUAAACUAUAUAUUUUAAUUCAGAAGAGAUGACUAUGUAUGGAUGAAUAAGGUUGGCUAAAAGAAGCACCUAAUCAAGAAAUGUAACGUUUGCUUUUAGCCCCUGUAGAACCUGUGAUUGGUCCUCUCUGUAACUGAUCACUGUCUGGAUGUCAGCCACAGGUGUACAUAUGUGAAAUAAAUCUGCUUAACUCAA